UGCAAAUCUCUUGGUUAUGUGUGGACACAUGACUCGUUUAUUGAUAAUUUUAAAGCUUUGAAUUUGUUAAAAUAAUGUGAAGAACAGAGAUGCAUUGCAGCCCGCAAAUUUAAUUUUUAUUUUGCAAUAGAUGAUUCAUGCGUUAUUUUGUGACACAUUUACAAGACAAAUUUUGUGACAAAUCGUGUCCGGGUUGAGUUAGAUAAAUGUGUCGGUGCCGUGAAGGACCAAAUUGCAGCUGGUGAAAGUUGUGUAUCCCGUGCCAAGAGUUACAAUCAUAGUUGGUGAGACCAUGCAGCCGAAGCCUCAUUGUGUGUUGUGUGUUGUGAGUAGUUAUGGAGACAGAAAUAUUUUUGAAUGUUUUCAUUGUGUUUUUGUGGCCCAAUGAGUGAAGUUAUCAAAAUAUGGAAAUUAUAUUGUUCACAAUCAGUAGGGAGAUGGAAGACACUGAUGCUGCGGAAGAGUGCGCGUUGGAGAAGCCAACUGAAGCCAAACAACAGAGUUCGGACGUUGAUUCCAAAUUGAGGGAUGACCUGAGCAGCGAAGAUUCGGACUCUGACCAGGACAUCUUUUUAGAGUUUGACAGCCCGAAGGAACAGACAAUGCCAGUUGGCAGCAGUGAAACAGAGGAUCAUCUUCCAGGAAGUGUGCCCGAGCUAUCAUAUGUUGCAGUUCGGCAAUCACUGCAAAUUCUUGUGGAGGACUGGCAGUUAGAGUUGGCGAAAUUGGCUGCAUGUGCAAGAGGCCCAGUGCCAAAGAGAAGGAGACCGAUCUUCAACUAAUAGACGGGGUGAUCAUUCUUGUAAAGUGUGUGGUUUGCUUUGUAAUGCAGGAAGAUUAUUUUCGAUCAUUUUUAUUGUAAAUUGUCGGCUAGUGGUGACAAUCCUUUUGUAGUUGGAUGCUUUUGUCUUGGAUUUAUUUUUUUUCGAGUGGGUUUUUGCAGUGUGGUGGUCGGGUUGUUGUAUAUAAAACUGGAAUUGGUGGCUGACAUUAAAAGAUAAUAGGGAAGUGAAAUUUGAAAAACAAUGUUUUAUUGAAUUCAAUGGCGGUACACUACCCGGGUUGCAUUCCGAUGAAAAGAGCUACAAAUAUUUA